AUGGACGAGCUCUCGACUUCUCCGUAUCAAUUCCGUCGGACUCAAUCGUGCCGUGUCACUAAUAAAGGAGCAAACGGAUUGGCGCGUCGAGGUACUCAACGCGGAUGCAGUCGGUCCAAAUCUACAAGAAGAGGUAACUUGGGAACUAUCGCUUCAUUGACUUUCAGUCAAAAACAAGCUCUCAAUCUCUCGUGGCGUCUUCUGAAGCCUCAAGCGUCCGCGUGCUUCCGUAAAAUAUUUCUCGAACUGGAAAUCGCUUCUCCGAAAGUGAAACAGAUUUUCUACAAGGCUGCGUUGGUCGAUGCCUUCAACAAGGAUGAGGAUAACAGUGCAACGAUGGAAGUUCAUAUCAAAUUGACAACCAAGUUCUUCGAUGAGCUCCUCUCAACUCUCGACGACGAAAAUGAGUUCGUCGCGAAGAUCCGUGGAAUCGGAUCAGCUCAUGCAAUUCUUGCAAAGGGAAGCAACUUCUCUUCUGACAUCUGGGAACGUCUUGGGGAGAUUGCAAUGGAGCGCGUUUGCUCUCAUGAAGUCGUCACAAAGACUCGCGAAGCCUCUCGCGCCUGGCGUACUCUCAUCGCAAUUCUCAUCGAUGAGCUCCGUGGAGGAUUCGAGGGGGAACUCAGACAACACAGAAGUCAAAGCCAGAAACGAAUGAUGUUUAGCAGGAGAAAAAGCUCAUCAACUGAUCAAAUCGAAAUGGGUAAAGUGGAGGACGAAGAGGAACUUCAUGCAAAACUCCAACAACUUCGAAUGGACUACAACCACACUCUUCCAUAUACAUAA